AUGUGGAUUGCAUUUGAACACCGUUUUUGGCUCUUUCUCGUAUUAUUGAUUCCCUCAACUCUUUGUGGAAUAUUUAAUCUCUAUCAAUUUCUAUUUGAUCGAAUUCUCCGCAAAGGUCUUCACAACCAUAUUAUAAUCCUUCUUAAUCUCAUUGGUCUUUUAUACAAUUUAACUGAUAUUAUUUGGUUUAUUUACUUCUACCGAAACUACUCGGCUUUGGCUCUAACAAAAGAAUUUUGUUUCCUAUGGUUCUACAGUGAUUAUACUGGAUUUCUGUCCUUGAUAUUACUUGGAACAUGGGCAGCAAUUGAACGGCACAUUCUCAUCUUUCAUCAAGACUAUUUAUCAACGAAACGAAAACGUUUUCUUUUCCAUUAUCUACCAAUGAUUCUAAUUCUAAUCUAUUCACUUCUUUAUUAUCUAAUUGUAUAUAUAAGUUCAUCGUGUAGAACAAAUCGGCUUUAUUCGAGACCUCGAUGUGGACUCGCUUAUUGUAUAUCACGUCUUCAAUUAGUUGCCAUUUGGGAUAAUCUCUUCAAUAAUAUUAUUCCAACGUUUCUUAUCGUUAUAUUUAGCAUUGCUUUGAUUCUUCGCGUUUUUUAUUCAAAAUACCGAAUUAAUCAAAGAUUUCGAUGGAAAAAUUACCAAAAACUUACCAUACAAUCGGUGUCAAUAUCGUUCAUCUAUAUCGUUUUCUAUUUUCCUUCAAUGAUUCUGAAUCUACUUUCCAUCGUAGGUGCAUUAACGCGUAGCGCAUCGGAUCUUUAUUCGACGAGUUUGUUCUUGUCCUAUUUCGUUCCGCUAUUCAUUCCGCUCUUCUGUACAAUUUCUUUGCCGGAACUUCGAAAAAAAUUCCAAAUUAAUCAUCCAAGAAGAACAAAUCACAUCGCUCCGCAGUUUGCAAAAAAUAAUCAAUUGAACACUAUUGGAUUUCAACCGUAUUCGUAA